GAAUUAUUCUUUACACCUUUAUCCAGUUCCAUUCGACUCCUGCUAUAGUAACGAGUGUCUUGAUUGGAAUAGGCAUCAUAUUUUGUGGAUGUGCAAUGGUGCACAAUGUCUUCGUCUGGCAAAAGGAAAAGACUAAUGCUGUUCGACAACUUGGAAGACAGCAACAGGAACAGCAUAGGCAGAAUCUUCAACACCAUUCACAACAGUUGAACUCAACGCACUGGAUGAAUGACAUUUCCAAGCACACUGGAAAUGGAAGUUUGAUUCCAGGAGUGCCUCCAGCAACCUUGGAUUUAAGUAGUGUUACUACUACUCCCCAUGAACUUUCCACAUUAGUUUAAAAUUGCAGUGUGUGAUGUUUCCACCACUAUAUAAAAUCAUUGUCAAAAUUACUUGAAGACCAUUGAAGCUUGUCUUGUUACAUUUACUUCGGAUAAAUUUCAGAAAAAGCAAUAUUUGCAAUAUAAAUGGAACAUUAGGCUUUAUUGCUAUUUCCCAGAGAGUAAAGCAUGUCUCUAUGUCGUUAUACAUUUAAUUACAAUAAGUUGUCUUAAUGAAUUGCAUUUUUAAAAUUGAAAUUUAGUGUAUGUACUCGAAUCUAUCUAGUCUGAAAUCAAACAUGAUUCAUCAUUGAUUCAGUACAAUGAAUUUCAGCAGAUCUCCUAAAAAUCCAGAUCAUACUUUUGAUUUACUAAUUGUACAAUUAGUAUUGUUUGAUUUUAUACUUUUCUGUUAAUGAACUUAUAAACAAAAUUGUGUCAGUGCCAUAAUUCUUUUGUAAUUGUUACCUACUUUCAAUUGUGUAAAUGACAAAUUCACAAAAAAUGGAUCUCAUUGAAAAAAAUUACAUGACUCUUUUGCUCUUUUGGCAUGACACCGUAACUUGCUGCAAAACUGUCAUUUAAGUGGCAGAUGUUUAUUUUUGUUUUUAGUCAUGAUCUGUGACCCCUGUACAUAUCAAAAUUUUUUGUUAUGAUGGAUAUUCCAUCAAAUGUACAUAUGCUGUAAAGAUAUUGAAAAUUGUAAAUAAAUUUAUGAUUAAAUAAACAUGUUUAUUUUGGUA